AUGGAUGUGAUCGAAGAGCAGCUUCGAGAAUCCAAUGGCAUGUGCGAAUAUGCCAUCUACGUUAAAGCGCUCAUCAAGAGACAGGAGGGGCAGGUACAGGAGUCCUUGCAGCUUUUUCAAGCCGCAACCUGCAUCAGUCCCUUGAACGUCUACAACCUUAAGCAGAUGGGCCGGAGCCUCUAUCUGCUGGGCAAGCAUCGUGGAGCCAUUGAGGUAUACGAUGAAGCCCAGAAGAUUUCUCCGGAAGACUGGGAGAUAUGGCACAACAAAGGUCUUUGUCACAUGUAUCUCCGUCAGUACGACAGCUCCAUAGAGUGCUUCUCGAAGGCUAAUGCCAUCCAGCGGCAUGAUGUGACCUUCAUGCAGCUGGGAAAGGUUUAUGCGCUGCAAGAAGAUUACAAAUCUGCCAUCGACGUGUACACCGAGGCCCUAGAGUUUUCCCCUGAGCACGCGGAGCUGCUGACCACGUUGGGCAUCCUCUACUUGCGGAUGGGCGAAAACUUCAAAGCCUUUGAUUACCUUGGCAAUGCGCUAACGCAUGACCCAAAGAAUGCCAAGACCAUUUUGGCUGCAGGGUCCAUUAUCCAGGAUCAUUCAGACAUGGAUGUCGCGCUCAUUAAGUACCGCGUAGCCGCGGUCCAUACUCCCAAUUCUGCACAGCUUUGGAAUAAUAUUGGCAUGUGCUUCUUCGGGAAGACGAAGUACGUGGCCGCAAUAGCAUGCCUGAAGCGUGCACUGUACCUGGAUCCUUUCGAGUGGAUAAUUUCCUACAAUUUAGGCCUGGUGCACCUGAACACCGGGCAGUUUGCAUCAGCCUUUCAUUUUUUCUCAGCGAGCAUCAACCUCAAACCUGACUUCCCCUCAUCGUAUAUGUAUCUUGCAAUCACACUCUCUCGCUUGGAUGACUUCUCAAAUGCAUGCAGUGCAUAUGAGAAGGCGAUCGAGAUGGACUCCGAUCACAUGUUUCAUCUGAAUUUCGCGAUUACAUUAUUUAAUCAUGGGGAUUUGACAGAGGCCAGAAGACAGUUUGUACUCUUCAGCGAUCUGUUCCAGCAGCUGGACGAAGAGCAAAGAAACUCUGACCCGGAGGUCAAUGAACAACGGCAGCUGCUGCAAAGAGUCUUGAACAGUGGCGCCAAAUGA